GGCUAGCGAGACAUUACCUGCUUAGUUCGUGAGCGGUGGUGCCGUGGUCGCCUGGCCCGCCACCUCUCCCGUUGCUCUGUUAUAAUUCAGUUUCCAAAGUUCCACCAACACUGACGGUAUGUCUCUACCAACAUACAGGAAUGUCCCUAUAUUUAAGACAAGUUCUAGUGCCUAGUGUUUUCAUCAUGUGCGUGAUAUGUUGACUUUAAGAGUGUCGUGUUUUCCGUACAAUUAUAAAGAAAAUCUGAUAUUCACCACAACGUCAAAUAUGAGUUAUCCACCAAUACCUCUGAUGUAACUAUUAAUGGGAAACAACUAGUGGGGACUGAUUAGGAGUGAUUGUUGCUGUGUCAUGUGCAGAACAUUCCUGUGUCAGAAAUAUAUGGAAAAUAAUAAACUGACUACACAGACAUGUUUCCCUAGAUGGUAGCUCCCCAUCAGGAGGAAACAGAUGCGUCCUCACCUGGCCGUCCAGGACCCUCACAUCUGAGGAAGAUGAGACCAGAAGAUACAGAAACGAGAGAUAGAGAACCAGCAGCGGGAGGAGGUGUCGGGGAGGAGGAGGACGAGAGGGAGAAGACGGUAGAAGAGGUCAGUGAGGAGGAGAGUGAUACACAAGAGGAGUCAAGAGCCCUUAACACAGUGACCGCGGGCGCUACGGAUAGGACCCAUCAGCGAGGACUGACGAGGCGAGGUCCGGGCCAGGGUAACGGGGCGCUGCCUGCCAAGGUGAUCGUCACGGCCAGUGUGAGGCGCGGGCCACUCCUGGACGACACGCUGGCCCUCGACCGGAAUCUGCCGCCGCCACGCCUGCUGGAGACGACACACCCGGAACAACAAGGCACCUACCGAGUCAACUAUCCGGGAGCCCGCCUGCGUGUGGGUGCACCUCGACCAUCCCACCUCACACCUACCCACGAGACGGGCGUGGUCAUUACCCGGAAGGAGGGGCCUCACUCUAUCAACUUCGGGUCCUCCAGCCUCUCCAUGGGAGCCUAUCACCACCCCAGGGAGCCGGGAGUCCAUGACAACAACGCCCACGUGAUCCCCAGAGAACCUGUCAAGUUCUACAACGCCGCCCAUCCCACGCGGCGACCUCUUGCCGGCCCACCCCAGGGGCCUCCAACAUACUCACAGAGACCUCACCCCCAGCCGCUGGGACUUCAGCCACUCCUACAGGGAACUCAAGUAACUCAAAUACACCAGCAGGAUCUUGAGCAACACCUACAGGGUCUUCCACAACGAUCACAGGGACCUCCACAACGACCACAGGGACCUCCACAACACCCUGUUGGACCUCAACCUCAAAAACCUCAGUUCCGACCGUCCAAAUUGCUGCCGCCCACCACCCGGCACACCACCACCACCCUCACCACCACUACCACCAAGACAGAUCCCCCGCCCACGACCCUACGAACAAGGAGCGAAUUAAAAAAGGUGACUCCAAGCAUCAGAGACGCGGCCCCUCCCCGAAGUGACAACUCCACCCCGCCGCUAAAACCCUCCGAACCUUUACCUUCCCGCCGAGGCCAGGUGGUCAACGCUCCCAGCCCAGCACUCACAGCUCUUCUUUCUGGAGUGGAUCAGACCUCAUCCCUCACGCCCUUGGGUACCAUCAGCAAGUCAGGGGUACGAGCGGAAAUUGGCCACCGUGCCGGAACUGCUGGAGGACACGACCCAUCUUCCAACCUCGGCCACCAGCACCGUCCUCCCGUUACUCCACCAAACAGGCAUCCAUUGGCCGGGUACACCAGACCAGACGGUAGCCCAUACAACUUCGUGUCGGGAGAAGUUUACACCCCACCGCCGCUUGUCCAGAGAAACAAAUUCAGAAAUACACAAAAACCUUACAUCAGAAUAACAACUCGAAGGCCAGGAGAACACGAGCUGCCUGCCGGACCCUUCCAGGAAAACCACUCAACAUAUAUACCCAAGUACGUUAAGGAAAACAUCGCUGAGAUGGAGUAUGAGCCCAAGACCUUUGAAGCACCUCCGCCACCAGCCUAUCACAACCCUAACUGGUUCCUGAUGCCAGUACAAGGGUGGUUCGUCCUCUCCAUCAUCCUGGCGGCGCUCCUCAUUGUCCUCAUCGUGGUGUGCGCCAUCAUCUACAAUAGCUUGAGGAACCAAAGGAAAAAGUUGAGGAAGCUGUUGUCUCCAGGUCUGGUGCUGCCGGGGUGUGUUGAUCCAGUGAACCACGAGGUAUGUCAGUGUCGCUCCCUGGCGCCGCUGGUCCGUUCCCAUACCCUUAUGUCCCGGGCCUCGGCUAUGUCCAGGGCUUCCCACAGGUCCGUCCACCCGUCCUCCAGGCACCAGGGCGCCAUCAAGUAUGACGACGCCUCGCAGCCGAAGACGACAGGCUUCCGGUCACUACCCACCCCUGCCCUGCCUGAUGGUGACAGAGACAACAACAACCUCGACUCCAUCACCACCACACACACUCAGCUGGAAGUGGAGGACUCCCCACCUCCACUAGUACCAAAGAAGACCUCCCUGACAGGCAGCACCACAGGCGUAGGUACAGGUGCUCAGGAUAGCAGAGGAGGAGGCCGUGAGAGUAGACAAGGUAACCCAGAGAAUAGGAGUGGCCGCGAGAGCAGACUGGGAGGUCACGAGGCCAGGAGCUCAGUCAACGAGGGCAGGGGUUCAGGUUAUGACGGCAGAUAUAGUUAUGGGUACGGAGGGCGGAGCGGAGGACACGAGGACAGUUACGGGAAAGGUAAUGGAAGUCAAUACCAGCGACCAGCCGGCUCUCACAACUCCGACGUACAGCUCACUACCAUCUACCCCCCACCGCGUCGCUUUGAGCUCUAGCACGGGGCCAGCUACGUCUAGCCUGUGGAUGGUGAAGGGCAGGAGGGCACACGGUAAAUGCCAGGUCCCUCACGUUUUAAAUUAUUCAUGUAUGAAUACUCAUGCUGUUAUUAUUUACAAAAUGUUAAAACUGCACUUCUGUAUUCAUAUGUAUAAAUACUAUCGCAUAUUGUAAACACCAUAUUUGGGAAAUUGGCAACAAAAAUUUACUUUACGUCGUCAUAUAUUAGAUGAUGGGCAUUAAACCUACUUCAUUAUAACUCUCUUUGAUCAUAUCUUUAAAUUGCAUUAUAUAUGAACUUCAUUAAGCAUCAACAGUCUACAAUAUUAUCAUCGCCCUCGGGGUCCAUCACGCGAGGACCCUGGCAUCAUCCACAGGCUAGUCACGUAGCCCCAUACCUGACACUGUCCGGCUGACAGUUUCACCAACAGGUGCUUCCCGUCCUGGGCCUUACUGCGUGGUCAGUCGGACGCAUCUCUUGCCAAGCUAACGAGCGGGAACUCACCGCGCGCGCGAGAGAGAGAGAGAGAGAGAGAGAGAUUGGGUCAGCAGAGUAGUCAACACAACCUCCUUGACUGCAGGGUCUAUCUCACCGUCACAUUACGUUGGUAAGGUUGUAGACCAUAUGGUUACUGUACUGAUCUGUUAAAUAUUUGAUAACAGAUUUUCCAUAUCAUUAUCAAUAAUAUUAUGUUACCACAAUACAAGGAGAUACAGUUCAUGUUUGGAUAUAACAAUUCUUAUGUAUUGAUAAUAAUUUUAUGUAAUAAAUAAAAAAGCAA